GAAUCUUUCUCGUAAAUCAUUUCAAUAUUCAAGAAGUCUUAUGAUUUAUAUAAAUGUAAUUAAGUCCAAUUUCUCGCUGUUUUUCCUGGUUGGGCGAGUGGGUGUCGCCACAGUAAAAGCUCCUGGUGGCUGUCGCAUAGUACAUUUUCGAGGUACAAUAUACCGACGUAUGCAUAGUUCUUCCAGCACUAAGAAUUCUUUAGUAAGAUGAAAAAUAAAGCAUAAUAAUAAUAUCUAGGUCAUGUCUAUUGUUAUCUUAGGAUGACUGCGUAGAGUUUGCGAAAUUAAAAAGCAAAGUGAAUGGCAACGAGCCCAUUCAUCCUCAGUACUUCCCAGCAGUGCGUAACAACAGUGAAUCGUAACCUGACAAGUGACGAGAAGGAUAACGUAAAUUGGGGUUAUAAACAGAGUAACAUCGCUUAAGCAGCAUGUGUUACAAGAUAAAAGUGAAAGUAACAAAAAAGAACAAAUAAUAACAACGAACGUCAGUUAGUGAGUGCAUGGAAAAGGUGAAUACGGAGUGUAAUAAAGCGCAGUUAAACCAAUGUUUACUAUAAAGAAAUGAAACCUGUGAAAAAUAUGAAGGUCAGCAGGAGUGUUUGGCCAGAUGUCGGGUGGUUUGGGAUAUGUUUGGUGGUGGUGAUGAGUGUUAGGACCUACCUGACGCGGUUCUCGUCGCUACCUGCGCCUCACACCAUCUCCCUCGACUAUCCCCAACUCCUGGUGGAAACUGCCCAUGUUGUUGACGUAGAAGACCAACAGGAAGACGAUGACAAGGCUUCUGCGGCAGCAAAGGCUUAUCUGCAGCCUUUAGUAAGGAACAAAGACAGAACGCUUGAUAGGAAUUAUGAUAUCGUUCAAACAUCUGAGAACGACUUGUUGAACCACGCCGAGAGAGUUUUUCAAGGUAUAGAAGUACCUCGUAGUCUUCAUAAUCGUCGAUUAGUGAGUGCCAGUGACGUGAGGGUGAGUCACCGCUCUCCCUCAACUCUGAAUCAACACCAAUCUGAGGAGGAGAAAAACAAGGCACAGCUCCUGCGACGGCUUCUGACAGUGCCAACCACCACCUGUAAAAGACUGGUGAGGGUGGGAGGGCGCUCUUGCUUAGGAGCCUACGACGGGUCCAAGCUUGUGUGUUUCGAUGCGGACGUCAGGCUUCAACCUCUCCGUUGCCUCAUCUACUCAUUUGGUGUUGGCAACGACUUCAGCUUCGACGAACGCAUGCAGGACUUCGGGUGUGAGGUGCACUCCUUCGAUCACGACCAAGACCAUGAGAACUAUGAUUACCGUGUGGGUCCCUUCGUCUUCUUCCACAAGGCCAGGAUCGGUAUCAACAACGGCUACAUAAGUUACUGUGAGAGGAACAGCAGCCUGUGUGAGUUCCCUCUCCGCUACCAGACCAUGGCCGAUAUACGCAGGUCGCUGGGUCACGACACACGGCGAGUGAACUACCUCAAGAUGGACAUUGAGGGUCAGGAGUGGAAGGUGAUAAGACAAGUCCUACUCCACACUCACGUCCUCGACACCGUCUCUCAGCUCUCUCUUGAGGUUCAUUUGGACGACCUGCGGGACACGACACUGGAGGGACAGCGGGCUGCCAUCGCCGACUACCUGGCUGUGGUGAGAGGCCUCACAGCUCUGGGGUUCAAACUGAUUACUUAUGAAGAGAAUGAACUGAAUCCGCAAUACGAAACAGUGGAUGGAGUUCAGUUGAGCUUAUAUGCUGAGCUUUUAUUUAUACGAAGGCAUUAUACAUAGACAGACUAUGGCGUUGUAUGUGAACGUUUCUUAAAAUUAAAUAUAGAACUGCUACAAGAUUAAAGAGUAUACUGUAGCAAAUAUGCAGAUUCGUUGUGAUGAUCAUGAUGUGAAAUUUAUAUACUGUCAUGAGGAUAAGACAUUAAAAUAGAUCUGAUUAACUACUUCAAAUAACUGAUACGAAAAUUAACACAUGUACUGCACUGUAAAACAUAUUUAACCAUCGAGAUGUUAGCACCAAUCAUCAGUGUAGUUUACAUUUAUUAUUUUGUCAAUACCAUAGUAUUUGAAACUUGAUUGCAUUUUUGCUAUGUAUCUUAGUUUCAUAACAAACGUAAUGCAUUUUCUUUUUUAUUUUGUUUUCAUUGUUCCUUGUCCUUUGUCGUGCCAUCUAUGGUUUAUAUAUUGUUAUACCGAGGCAUAAUUUAGUAUUAUAUAUUUUGUGAACUAGGUGUUCUGAUUAUUUUAUAUUCCAAGCAGUAGUUAUUUUGGCAAGUUUGGGAAGAUUUCUUUUAUAUGUUGAUAUAUUUAUUACCCAUGUAAGAAUUUUCUAGAAUGUAUUAUGUCAUUUUUGUUGUGAUUUACUUAUGUACUGUAAGCUUAGAUCAUUCGAGAACCUUCUAGGCGUAUCUUGUCCCGACUUGCAAUGCCUGGAUGGUGCUAAGAUGUUCUGGGCAUCGUCUGAGCAGAGGUAUACCGUAUAUAUAAACACUGGCGAGCUGCCUAGGUUAAAAAAAGCCACAAGUUCAGAAAAUGAAGGCAAACUUUUUCGGAGUGAGAAUUGUGAACUCUUGGUACAACCUGUUAGUGUUGUGACGGCACCGAGUGUGAGCUCUUUCAAGGCGUACAGAUACAUUAUGUAUCUGUACCCCAGAACAUGCCCUGUACUUGCCAACAGCGCAUAACAGACAGACGUCACCAACCGCGGAAUUGGCUAACGAGCCGAUCAGUGGCAAAAAGGAUAAAAAUAA